AUGGAAAGCCACAUUGUCCCAGGUGAAUACAAAGGUCCUCAUGUUUUCACCCCCCUGAUCCUGCUCAGGAACCAGGCGCUGGUGGAGAUCAUUGAGAACGGCAAGGAGGCGCUCUGUACUUUAGGCUCCAACCUGACAUCUGUGAAGGAGAAAUCCCGCAUUUGCAGUAGCUGCACACAUGAAAGGACAGAAAGUGAGGCUCAAGUCAACGCCUGGGAACUUGGUGCCUCCGCAGACACUGGGCCUCGGGAGACUGGUAGAGACACAGGCACACAGCGGGCUAGAGAGUGUGACAGCUCUUCUUCCUCUCUGCUCUCUUUGAAAAAGUACCUGAGGAAGUCUUCCUCUACAUCAUCCUCCACCACAGACUCUAUGUCUUCUUCUCAGCAGAGCAACAUGGGAGUUGACUGUGCAGGAAUUAUCCUGAACUGUCUCUUCUGCCAGUUCUACGAUAUGAUCCUCAUGCUACCUGACUCCUGUGAGAGAGCUGUCAAUCACUGCUGCCCCAACUACAAACAAGUUGUCACCGCAACAGAGUCUACUCCCAGCAGUAACGAUGACUCCUACGUGGAAUUGGACUGUGGUCCGUUCGGUUCCUGUCAUGAUGCAAGUGACUGCCUGGAGUUGGCUAUGGAGCUUUCUGAAUUAUGCUAUCACUAA